AUGGAUCACGCUGAUGCUCAUGAUCGUGUUGAAUUUGUGUGUAAACUUGUUAUUCGCCGUAAAACUUUAUUUUACACAAUCAACUUGAUAGUUCCGACGGUGCUAAUUUCAUUUCUGUCGAUAUUUGUAUUUUAUCUGCCAACUGACGCCGGCGAAAAAAUGACAUUAUCUAUUUCGAUUUUACUAGCUUUAGUUGUGUUUCUAUUACUUAUAUCAAAAAUUCUACCACCGACAAGCAUUGUCAUACCAUUAAUCGCUAAAUAUUUACUAUUUACGUUCAUCAUGAAUAUAAUUACUAUAUUUCAAACUGUCGUCAUUAUUAAUUGGAAUUAUCGAACACCUCGCACACAUAAUAUGCCAAUGUGGGUGAGAAAGCUGUGUAUCGAUAUACUUCCACGAAUAUUAUGUAUGGAACGUCCAAAAAAAUAUGAAAAAGAAUAUCAUAUGGAUGAGCAAAACUCAAAAAAUAAUUAUGCCAGCUAUAUUCAAGCAGCAAGAGCCCUAUCGAUUGCUACCCCAGCAAUGAAUGUUGCACAAAAAAUAGAAUUAAACAAGCGUUUUAUUCGAAAACAUCCAUAUUCAAAUCUACAAUCAGGAUCGAAAUAUAUUAAUGAUACGACGAAACAUACACAAGCAAGAAUGAAUAGAACAAUGCUUCAUAGAAAUCGGCAUGAUGGAGAAGAAGACAACUUUAAUGAUAAUGGUCAUGUGGAUGAUUAUAAACUGUCAAAAGAAGCAUAUGAGGCUGCCGAUCAUUUACGUUAUGUGGCAAAUCACAUGAGAACAGCGAGUCAAUAUGAAGCGGUUCGUGAUGAUUGGAAAUAUAUAGCGUCCGUUAUCGAUCGCCUUCAAUUAUAUGUCUUUUUUGCUGUAACUAGUGCAGGAACAUUUAGUAUUUUAUUUAAUGCUCCAUAUAUUUUUCAAUUUGUUGAUCAACAGGCUAUUCUUAAUGCCUGGAUAGAGAAAUAUUUUACAUUUUUUGCACAAAAGGACGAAGCUGUAUUUUAG